AUGAGUCUAAACAACGGUCAAACUCUGACCAUCAGUGGACAGGACUUGACCAGAAAUGGCAGCAGCAGCAACAACCGAGCUCCUUGGGAGGAUGCUAGGGAGGUUUUGAAGCCCUCCACCCCCAGCAGGAAGCCUAAACCACCCAAGCCGGAGAAUGCCAUCACCAUCGGCGUGUCGUCACGAGUCCUCUUCAACAUGGAGAAGGAGCAGCAGAUCUACAAGCAGCAAGGCAUGGAGGAGUAUGUCAAGUAUCAGGAGGAGCAUGAAACACAGCCCUUCAGCCCCGGACCUGCCUUCUCCUUUGUCAAGGCUCUGGAGGCUGUGAACACUCGACUGAGGGAGCUUUACCCCGAGAGCGAGGAGCUUUUUGAUGUUGUGCUCAUGACCAGCAGCCACGCGUACGUCGGCCUAAGACUCAUCAAUACCAUCAAUCAUCACCAGUUGUUCAUUGAGCGCUUCUGUAUGACAGGGGGAAACAGUCCCAUAGGCUACUUGAAGGCCUACCACACUAACCUUUACCUGUCUGCUGAUCCAGUCAAGGUUCGAGAAGCUCUGGAGGAAGGUAUAGCAGCGGCCACCAUGUUCACCCCGGAGAAGAUGACGGAAGUGUCGGACACUCAGCUGCGUGUUGCCUUCGAUGGUGACGCCGUCCUCUUCUCUGAUGAGUCUGAGCGCAUUUUUAAGGCCCACGGACUGGACAAGUUCUUUGAGCACGAGAAGACCCACGAGAACAAGCCUCUGGACCAUGGGCCAUUGAAAUGUUUCCUGGAGGCUUUAGGAAAGCUUCAGAAAAAGUUCUACGAAAAAGGCCAACGCAUGGACUGCCCCAUCCGGACCUACUUGGUCACAGCUCGCAGUGCAGCCAGUUCUGGCACUAGAGCCCUUAAAACUUUGCGCUCAUGGGGUCUGGAGAUCGAUGAAGCUCUCUUUCUGGCAGGAGCACCUAAGGGCCCCAUGCUUGAGAAGAUCAGGCCGCACAUUUUCUUUGAUGACCAGAUGUUUCAUGUGGAGGGCGCAGCAGAAAUGGGGACAGUAGCGUGCCACGUGCCCUAUGGAAUAGCUCAGACUGUUAGCAAGAAAGGAGCUAAGGACAAAGAGACUGCUUCAAAACCCAAGUAG